AUGUCCAAGCUCGACGACCCAGCAGCACCCCCUCCCUACACGGAGCACCCCGCGCCCUCAUACUCGUCCUCCCCCGCCGACCCGUCCCUCUACACCUCCCACCUCGCCGCGCACCUCUCCUCCCUGCCCUCGCGCAUCCGCGCCGCCCAGUCCGCCCGCGCGACGGAGCAGCAGGUCCGCGACCUGCACCUCAUCACCCUGCUCGUGCCCGAGGUCGAGACCUUCCUCUCCGACGGCAUCGGCGUCGGCGUCAGCGGCGGCUUCUCCUCGAGCCCGCCGCCGCCGGUAGCCGAGCUCAACCUCGUCCCCGCGGCCGCCGUCGGGCCGGGCUGGAAGCUGUCCGGCGCGCAGGAGCGCCGUCGGGAGGGCGAGACGGUGCAGCUCGUGCGCGUGCGCGCGCCCGCCCCCUCACCAGACGGCAAGGGAAGCCGCAGGUCGUCCGCGGAGGAGAAGAAGAAGAACGGCGGCGGCGGCAGGAGGGGCGGGGCCGAGGAGCAAGAAGAAGAAGAGCCGGAGCGCGACUGGGACGCGGAGCAGUUCGACGAGUGGGGCCGGUGGGACGACGCCGGCGCCGGCGACUCGUCGUCCUCGGGGUCCUGGUGGUGGCGCGACGAGGCCAUGGCGCGCCGGCUGGCGGCCCACCUGCAGCCCCGCGAGCCGGUCCGGACGGAGCGCAGGGAGAUCGCGGCCGCGGUGCAGCAGAUCAAGGAGGAGAAGCGGAGCUGGGCCAGCUGGGGCCGCAAGAAGUCCGACUCUUCCUCCAAGGCUAGCUCCUCUCAGCCGGUGAAUGCGACAACGACGACGGUCGUCGAGACGCGGAACAACGACGACGGUGUAAGCAUGACUGUCCGGGCGGACGAGGUUACCUUCAGGAGGGAGAACGAGAUGGGCAUAUGGGAGAGCAUGAGUGGCUGGGCUUUGGUCGUGACGCUGCGGAUCAGGCGGCCUUGA